AUGCCGUUGCCCUCUUCUAUCGCCUUGUGUGGGCUCGCCCUCGCCUUGCCCUUCGUGGCUGGGGCUACGCUCCCGGUGCCCCAAGCCAACAAUAAACGUGCGGAAUGCUUUACAAGCACUCAGACACAACAGCAGCUCGCCUCGGUUCUCUCCAAGAAGGCCACCAUUUUGGGACCAGCUGAUGCGGAUUGGGUAGACGCAACGGAGAGGUACAUGCAACAAAUUCAGCCUACAGUCUGCCUUUCCGUGCGUCCCGGAACAGAAGACGAUGUAGCAAAGAUUGUUCGCUUUGCGAAUGAACUUGGUGUUCCAUUUUACACGGUCAGCCGUGGCCACGCCUUGACAACAAGUGUUGGCCGCUUUCAAGGUAUUGAGAUUGAUCUGAGGGACCUCAAUGCUUUCGAAGUCAACCCGAACAACGCCACAGCUCGUUUUCAAGGCGGCGCAUUCAGCCACGAAGUUAUCGUUGGUCUCUGGGAGCAAGGAUUUGUGACAGGUAAUAUCCCCGCCCCGAGCGAGAGGGAGGCUCUGUCUGACUGGGGAUUGGGGCCUACAGGCACCGGAGGUUGUGAAUGCGUGAGCGUCAUUGGCCCGGCCCUAGGAGGAGGCCAUGGGCUGCAACAAGGUCAACAUGGGUUGACGAUGGACAUGCUGGUGAACUUGAACGUUGUAUUGGCCAACGGAACCGCUGUGCAAGUCAACGAGACUAGCCACCCGGACCUUUGGUGGGCCAUGCGAGGCGCCGGCCACAACUUCGGCAUUGUCACGAGCUACGAGUCUCAAGUCUUUCCCGAGGACAAGUCCAAGACCUACCUGGUCAAGACAUACCAGUUUGCUGGACGCUCACUCGAGGCUGUGAUUGAUCGGAUAAACAAAUUUCAGGGCCUCGGCACGCUUGAUCCCACAUGGCUGGGCUCCUUUGGCCUUUACACCAUGAAUACAACUUUGAGCAAGACUGAGGCCAUCAUCAACUGGGCUUUCGUGUACAGUGGCCUAGAGGCGGAUGGGCACGCUGCGCUAAAGCCCUUCGACGACAUCGGGCCGUUGUCAGUGGAUGUUGCCAACGUUCCAUACAGUGUUGUUAAUGGAUACAUCGGCGGAGGAAUGGACGGCUGGUUGUGCGAAGGGAACAAGACUCAUGUCAUUGGGACAUCCAACCUCCAGACCUACAACAAGACCGCCAUGCGCUCCAUUUACGAUCUUUACAACCAGAAGAUUCGCCAACAUCCCAGGCUAGGACAUACUCGAGUCUUGGUGGAGGGUUAUUCGGUUAAAGGCGUUCUUAGUCGCCGCUCUGAGGACUCGGCUUACCCUUUACGCGAUGAACAUAUUUUGACAUAUUUCGAUACCAGGUUUGACUCCACGGAUGAUCCUCUGAUCCCCUUUGCCAGAAAGUGGCGUGAUCAGACCGUAGCAUUGUGGUACGGGGGGCAACCCGCGAGGCGUCCUACAACCUACGUGAACUACGCCGCGGGGUACGAGUCUCUCGAAGCCAGGUACGGUUAUGAACCGUGGCGGCUGGAGAAGCUGCGCAAGCUGAAGCGUCAGUACGACCCCGAGAACAAGUUUUCGUGGUAUAACCCGAUCUUUCCGCCAGCCUAA